GCUGUGCACCAGAGCACCACAGAGCCAGGGCAGUGCCAGCCCGGCACUGUCACCCUGCACCGGGAUGGCCCUGGAGCCUCCCGCUGGCCCGGGGACAUCCCGCUGCUGUGGUGACAGGUGAGAGAAGGGAAUGGCCUCUGACACCUGGGAGUGCAUGGAGAACUCCUGGGGCUGUGAUCUGCACGAGUUCUGCUUCAGUGACUGUGAGAUCCCUGCGGGCACAGCUGGACUGUGGCACCAGAGCAUUGGCUUCUGUUUCAUAAAGAGAAUACUGGAGGUAGAAAAUGUGCACUGUCUGUACUCACUGGGAGCGUGCCUUCAGAUUGCUGGAGCUAACAGGAUCCUCUAGAUAUAAUUGGAAUGUAACUAUAAAGAAAAAUGUUAAUUUCUAACAACUCAGUUGUGGACUUUUAAUCAGACUUGGAUUUCUGGAAAUACUACAGCAUGACUUCAGCUGGGAAUGAGAUAGAAAGAGGGACUCACAGGCAAGGUGGCAGAACUGGGAAGCUGGUAGAGCCUGUGGCCUCUCCUGAAAAUGAUCAUCUUUUGUCAGUGAAGUCAGUCAGCAGCAUGGAGCAUCUCUUGCAGCUCCCUGGAAGGGCAGACUCUGCUUACAGCUCUUUCUCAGGAGGAUCAAACAUUCCAGAAUACCCCACACCAUCGUGCCAUGGUGAAUACUUCUGUGUGCCUCCAGAGCAGGGCCCGUACAUGGACUCGGAAUAUGUGACAGGAAUUUGUAAUCUCAGUGCUGCACACUCUGCCCUCAGAUCCCCCCAGCCGUACAAGGCACCAGACCUGAGCACCCGCAACAACUCCCACAGCUGUGGAAUUACUCCUUCCCAAAGGACUUCAAACCAGGGCCCUGCAGCCCUGGCAGUGUCCCCUCCCGCACUGUCCCCUCCCUGGUGCCCCCAGAGCUGUAACAUCACUCACAGGCACUUGGACAAGCCCAGGGAGAGCCGAGGCUCUGCAGGGCAUGCUGAGGGCAGUGUGCAGCCAGCUCCUGGCCUGCAGCACGGCCAGCCAGCAGGCAGAGAUGGACCAUGGAGUCAGCCCUGGGAUGCAGUUACAGAGAAGGAUGUAGGGCCUCAUAGGGAAAAGCCUCUGGAAAACAAGGGCCUUUCUUCUGAUUUUACAAAUGAGGUAUCAAAGGUUCAGGUGUUAAAGACAGAGGAAAAUGGAGAGUGCAGCCUAUCACAACAACCUGCAAAGAGAAGCAAUCCACACAUUUUCAGGAGACCUUCUUCAUUCAUUUUUCAAGAAUAUUUAAAGACAGACUCUGUAAUGAAUGUUCCCAAAACACUUUCUGCGUAUAAUUCAGGUCAUGCUAACAAAAUUCCCAAAGAGAUGAACUUCAAGUCCUAUCACCAAGCACAUUCCAAGCCCAGUGCUGUUAAUGAUACACAGGAAGUCAAACAGUGUCCCAGGGGUGUGUGUAAGCCAUGUGCCAGAGAAGCAGCUCUGCCAAGCACUGUGCCAGGGCCCAGCCAGAGGAAAGAGUCCUUGCCCUGUGCUCAGGGCCCACUCCAUGCUGAGUGGCAUUCAGACAUGGAUCAGGAUGUGUUUGAGGACAGUUUGGAAUUAAGAUAUAUGGAGAAUGCUCUUCUAAAUAAAAAUGCUCCCAGGAAGCUGAGCAGUUAUGCAGACAAAAAUCAGUGCUAUGAUUCUGAAGGAAGAAUUAUGAGCAAUACUAGGGAACUAGUCCCAAACCAGCGAAACAAAGUGCAGAGAUCACCAUUGUCCUGCAGCUGCAAAGCUAUGGAAGUAGAGCACCCUCAGUGUGAGGAGUUGGAUCAGGGAAGGAGGCACUGUUGUGAUGGCACAAGCCAAAUGGCUUUUUUCAGACCAAAGGAAGAUUCCACAUCUCAGUCAUUACGUGAAGUCCAAAAAGAAAACCAGGGUAACAACAGCAGUCCUGACCUCAGCACGUGUCUGGAACAGGAGGAACCUCCUGCUCAGAAACACCAGCCUGUAUUUCAAACACAGCUCUCAAGACAGCUUCGGGAGGAGCAGGCUGGUGAACAAAUAACCAGGCAGGCAACUCCCAUGCUUUACUACCUUUCUGCAGGGAGAACCACCAACGUCCUGCACCCCAACAAGGAAUCAAGGAGCUCACCAAAGGAAAUUCCAUCAAGCAGCUAUGCUGCCUCAGCACAGUGUCUAGAGAUACAAAGAGAAGGCCAUCAGCUUGAGAGGAGCAGCCACCACCAUCAGCGCAGUGCUGAUGAUCUCCAGCUUCAGAACAAAGAUCUCAUUUGGAGGAGUCCUGCCUCAUUCACAGAAGAGUGUUUCCAGAAUGACUACAUAGAGAAACUAAAAGUAGCUCAGAAAAAGGUUCUGAAAGAAACCUCCUUUAAAAGAAAAGACUUACAGAUGAGUUUGCCUGUCAGAUUGAGACAGAAAUCCUCUAAAAGGCCAUCAGUUGAACACCUUCGGUCUUUCUCGUUAUCCAGUGCAAGCGAGGAUGCCAAACCUGUUCCUUGCUCCCCUUCUCAUCUAGAAUCCUUGGAAAGUUUCAAUAGAAAUGAAGAAAUAAGGAGGCCACAAAAAGGUCAAGCAGGGGGAAGGAAAAGGGUAACCCAAGAGCAAAAGAAACUCUGCUACUCUGAGCCUGAGAAGCUCAAUCACCUAAUGGAUAAAGAAGUAUCAUGGAGUCAAGUUAGGGAUGAAACCACUGAGCAAGGUACAGUGGCAUCCAGGAGAAGGGAUCUGGAGAACAGAGGAAAGGCAUUUUCCAGUUCAAGUGUCUCCAGGACAGAGCUGAAACAAAUCCAGCACAGUGCACUGAUCAAAUACAUGGAACGAAAGAUCAGUCAAAGACCAGGGGGUUCACAACACCUCCCACUGCAGAAGAGGCUGUCAAAUCCCAAAGCUCCUCCUGUCCAGAUUUCCAACCCAGAUGGAAGCAGGAUGAUGCAAAAUGAUGAGGUUUUCUGCCAACUUCUCCCUGAACAAAAAUCACCAGAUGUUUUCCCUCCUUUGCCUUUUGCUCCCCCACUGAGUGUGACCACCAGGUGCGAUCCCAACCAAGGGGACAGGAGCUGUACCAGCAAGUGUCCAUCAACUGAAAGUCUCCCACAGGCCGGGGGUUCUGCACCUGGGAAAGCUCCUGAGAGACCAAAAUCCACUCCCUCUUCCACACAGGACACGUGCAGAUGUGCCAGAGGUGCGGCAGCACCGUGCCGGCGCUGCGGGAGCUGCCCCGGCUCCUCCAGUUUCCAUGAUCCUGAGAAAGAUGGACCCAAGAAUCAUGAACAAAAUGACAUAACUGGACAUGUGUGUGGUCAGGAUAAAAACAAGCAGGCUCCUGAAACCUCCAUUCCUGUCCCAAGAAGUGGAAGCAAGGAGAGUGCUCAAGUGGAGGAGGAAAGCAGAACUCACUCUGUGAGUGGGAAUGCUGCACUCAAGCAUCCAGAGCAGCAGCAUCCUGCAGCUUCUCCAGGGCAGGGAGUGCAUCUCCACACAGCACCAGCUCAGCCUCACCAAGGACACAAACAUCCAGCCAAGGGUUUACUUGCCCAGGAAACAUCCAUGCACAGCAACCACGAUGAUGUUCCCCUGGAGAGAGAGACACACCUGCCCCAAAGGAGGCUGCAGUCUUCUCAGGACCAGCGAUGCCAAGAGCUUGCUAUGGAGAUCAUUGCCAAAGACAGCUCUCUGGUGGACAUUCUCAUGCCUCAUCCUCUUAGAAAAACUGCUUUGGACCUGAUGGAGGGUUUGUUUCCUGUUAACAUUUCCAUGCUGGAUAAAUCGCGCAGGAAAAGGGGAAAGCCACAGCAUGUUCAGGAGAAUGACAGGAAAAGUCAUGGAGAUGGACCAGAAGAAUGUCCAAAAUCUGAACAUGAAACCAAGCAAAGGAACAAAGAUCCUGCCUCUAUGAGAAACCAAGUCCUGAAGAGGAACAGAGACAGCACAAAUGAGCUAGAUGACAUCACAUCUAAGAAACUGGAACUCAUGGCCAAUCUCCAAUCCAGGCUGCAGGCACUGUGGGAGGAACAGGAGCUGGUUCUUUUGGAAGUCAGGGAAUGUGCCAAGUGGGGCGAGGAGCUGGAGGUGCUGGUGCGGGACCUGUGCAAGCCCAACGAAUUUGAGCGCUACAUGAUGUUCAUUGGGGACCUGGAGAAGGUGGUGAGCCUCCUGCUCUGCUUGUCCAGCCGCCUCGCCCGCGUCCAGAACGCCAUGAGCAGGAUGGAUGGCAACACAGAGCCUGAGGAGAAGCAAUCGCUGAAUGAACGGCACAAGCUCUUGUCUCGACAGCGGGAAGAUGCAAAGGACCUGAAGGAGAAUCUGGACCGGAGAGAACGCGUGGUCUCUGGAAUCCUUGCCAAAUACCUGACAGAGCAGCAGCUCCAGGACUACCAACACUUUGUUCAAGUCAAGACCUCCUUGCUGAUUGAACAGAAGGACCUCGAAGAGCAGAUUAAAUUUUUCGAAGAGCAAUUAGAAAAUCUCAAGCAAAGCAUCCCCAUCUAACACCCACCACCAGGCCAGACAUUUUUAUAUGUACUAUGUGAUGUUUCCCUGGAAAGCCACACGCACUCCCAUCCCAGGGCUCAGUUUGGUGGAUUCCUCCAAUCCUCUUUGUGCCACAGCAUUGACAAGUGUUCAGAUGCUCUGGGAUGCUCCAGGCACACUCUGGACAUGCUCUCCACUUGGACAGGCCAACUGACAGCAUCUCAGUGUGUAGCAAACUGCCUUGUGGACAUGACUGAUAGGAUUCAUUGCUCCUAUUAACUGAAUGUGUAUUUCCCCUUCCUCUUGUCUGUGCAUCUGUUUCCAGAUUGACAUCAUCAUCUCAAUAAAAGAACCAUACAAAUAUUU